AUGCCCCAAAACUCCUGCAGUGGAAGCGUGAGAGACUUCGCAAAGAGACCGGAGAUAUGGCGUUGUACACUGAAUUCGAUAGCCCAAAUCGCCCGCUGGCGGCUACAAUCCAAAUUGCCUUGCAGAGGCCGUUCAGGCUGCUCACGCUCAGCCGAUCGUCCAGGUCCUUGCAGUGUACAUGGCAUACCUGUAUGGACUGAUGUAUCUCAUGCUGUCUACAUUCCCUCUACUCUGGAACGACCGGUAUGGCAUGAGUACGAGUAUCGGAACGGAAGCCUCAACUUCUUGUCCAUGGGUAUUGGGUUCUUUCUCGGAACGCAGAUCACGGCUCCGACUAACGAUAUGCUCUAUCGCCGUCUUAAAAGAAAGAACUACGGCAUCGAUAGACCAGAAUUCCGCUGUCCGCUAAUGGUUCCAGCAAGCCUUAUGGUUCCUGUUGGUCUGUUAUGGUACGGAUGGAGUGCUCAGGCUCAGGUACACUGGAUCAUGCCCAACAUUGGAGCUGCGAUCUUUUGUGCAGGCAUGAUCAUCAGUUUCCAAUGUAUUCAAACAUACCUUGUCGACUCUUAUACACGGUAUGCCGCUAGUGCCAUUGCUGCAGCGACAGUCCUAAGAUGCCUGGCCGGCUGUGGCUUUCCGUUAUUUGCUCCAGCAAUGUACCAGGCUCUCGAUUUCGGUUGGGGCAACAGUCUCCUUGGGUUCAAGGCGCUGAUACUGGGCAUUCGGGCACCGUUCAUGCUGUGGUUUUAUGGGGAGAAACUGAGAGCCAGAAUUAAAUAUGCUGCAGGAUAG